CAUGGCGGAUUAGUACAAGGAAUGUCAAUUGCUCAGCUAUUUUCCUGUGGAGGCCUAGUGCAACUGAUCUCCGAGAAUGAGCCUCCAACAAAAGAUACAAGCAUUGCUUCAGCCUGAUGAGAAGUGUGUAAACUGCAUUUGUGGUGAUUUAAUAAAAGACUCGGUCAAUACUACAAGAUGUUUGGUUUCACUUAUUACAAGGCUGGGGGAUAUAGCAAUUCUUGUUCAUCAGUUCUCCACUCAGGCCACACAGGGAGGCCCAGGAUUACCACUACUGUAUGCUAUGGCUGUGAGAGGAGCCUUCAAUGUCACUGGAGAUUCAACUGGCACUGCAAGCAAUGGCUUGACAGUGAGAUUUCAAGUUCUUACUGAUGAAAAUAUCAAAUAUAUUUUUGAGGCUGAAAAUUCAGAAGAUACAAUGAGAUUUUUGAUGGAGAUAAAGAAUUCCAUAAGUGCAUACAGACAGAGGGCUCACAUUAUUGGUAUACCUGAGUUCAAAUGGCUUGAAAAAUACAAACAACAGAUAGUUAGAAAGAGUAUGGAUAUUCCAGAAGACUGGGCCUGGAAUCACUUAAUGAACCAAGAGGGUACAUCAUCAAUAUCUACUGCUUCAACCUCAACUGGUCCAAGCUCUGAACUGGAAGACAGUACAGACAGUGGUCUAGAUGCAUUUGGUAUGCCUGGUUUUACACCAACAGGCUCMAUUAUUCACCCAUCCCCCUCUACUGGCAGUUUAACAAAACUAACCCCCYCUGAACGACCAAUCACUGGCUCACCAUCUGUUCCUCGUAAAGCUGUUCUACCUGCCACUAUGGUUGCCCGUGAAAGCUUUCUACGUCUCCACAUGGCUGCUAGAGAAGAUGAUUACAUUCAUCUUACACAAUUCAAAUUCUUCAUUGGUACAUGGAAUGUGAAUGGUCGAAGUCCUGGUGUUGAGAAUCUAUCACCAUGGUUACUUUGUGAUGAAACACCUCCUGAUGUUGUUGUAGUUCGUACGAUACGAUUGGUUGGUAUGUUUUUACUGGUAUAUGCGAGAGAAGAGCAUAUGUCUUACAUCAAUGGAGUGGAUGCCGUUUGUGUUGGUACAGGAAUCAUGGGAAUGAUGGGUAACAAAGGUGGUGUUGCUAUACGAAUGGAUUUCCACAAUACAGCAUUAUGUUUCGUCAAUUCUCAUCUAGCUGCACAUCAGGACGAGUAUGAACGGCGAAACCAGGAUUAUCAAGAUAUUUUGAGUAAAUUAAGCUUCUUAAGAAUGUCUGAAUAUAUAUCAAUAAUAGAUCACGAUGCUGUAUUUUGGUUGGGUGAUCUUAACUAUCGUGUUAAUGAUAUCGACGCUGAACGCUGCAAGAUACUCAUUGAGAAGGGACGUUUGGACAAGUUACUGGAAAACGAUCAGCUCAACGUCCAGAAAAACCUCAAGAAAUGCUUCGUAGGAUUCGAAGAGGGUCCGAUUACAUUUAAGCCUACAUAUAAAUAUGACCCAGGGACUGAUAACUGGGACUCGAGUGAGAAGUCAAGAGCCCCGGCAUGGUGUGAUCGUGUGUUAUACCGUGGGUCUAACGUCAAACUGAUAGCAUAUCGUAGUCAUAAUUCACUGCGUAUCAGUGAUCACAAGCCUGUUAGCACUUUAUUUGGUGUGGGGAUCAAAGUGGUAAAUAGAGAAAAAGAAAAGCAAGUGUACGAGGACGUUGUGCGCACGCUCGACCGACAUGAAAAUGAUAACUUACCACAAGUGAAACUCAGCUCAACAGAGGUUAAGUUCAAGAACGUCCAGUUCCUGGAGAAGCAAUCUCAUUAUAUUGACAUCACAAACACAGGACAAGUACCAGUACAGUUUCAAUUUAUACCCAAACUAGAUGAUCAAGAUUAUUGCAAACAAUGGCUUAUCGUCAAACCAUACAUGGGAAUCAUACUACCUGAAAACACCAAACAAGUGAAGUUUACGGUCUACGUCAAUAAGGAAACCGCUGGAUCAUUGAACUCAGGCGGUGACAAAAUGGAAGAUAUUCUAGUUCUACAUCUAGAGGGUGGUAAAGACUUCUUUAUCAUCAUUACUGGAAACUAUAUACCGAGUGUGUUUGGAUCGUCUCUUGAGGCUCUUACCCAUAUGUACGGACCAAUCAGGGAGGUCCCUGUAGCCAAUCUCAUCGAUCUGGAACAUUCUCAAGACAGACCCAAGUCACCUGUAGUGCCAUCAAAAGAAGCCCUGGAAAUCCCUAAAGAGCUAUGGCUACUCGUCGAUCAUUUGUUCAAAUAUGGUUCUAAUGAGCCGCAUAUUUUCCUACAGACUGGAUAUGAAGAAGAAAUCAAAGAAAUACGAACUCACCUUGACACGGGAAGCUCUGGUAGACUACCUGGUAAUAUUUACUCCAUCGCCGAGGCUCUUUUGAUCUUUCUAGAGGCUCUUCCUAUGCCCGUGAUACCCUAUGCUUACUAUAAUCGAGCCUUAGAAUGCUGCAAUAACUACAUUCUUUGCAAACAGGUUAUCUAUCAACUUCCUGUUUGCCAUCGUAACGUCUUCACAUAUCUAACAGCCUUUCUACGAGAACUUCUUUUGACGUCUGCUGAAAACAGACUUGACGCCAAGUCAUUAGCAACACUGUUUGGGACGUUACUUCUACGAACGCCUAAAGAUGUCGAUCCGAGCCUGUCUAAACGGGCAGUCAGCCAGCAAACCAACAAGAAAGCCAAGUUCGUCUAUCAUUUCCUCACGAAUGUUUUCGACGGACAGUGAUCAUAGUUUUUCAAUAGAAUUGAACAGUGGGACUUCCUUUCAUAGCAGGGUGACCCAGGCAGCCCAUCCUCGCAGUGGAUAAUACUACAGGCAGCCCAUACUCGCAGGGUAAACUUAAUACGUUUGAUAGCAUGAGGCGUCGGGAUGCGUCCUGGUGCGAUAUUUUAUCGAUACAAAUUUUAUUUCAAAAAAAGAUUUUGAAGAAUGAGCUCGCUGCCUGAGACUUGUUGUUUUCCAGAUGACUGGAAUAACGAUAGAAAAACAGGUACACCUAUUUCAUAAAAAGUUGCCGGGGAGAACGUCGACCAGCAAUUGUCAAAGGGAGAUUGCAUGACCGAAAGGCACUAUGGUUACGCUGUUUUACAUGCAUAAUUUAACUUGUUGGAUUUUUGUUAAAAUGGACAUUAAAUAUUUCCUAUCAAUAGGCCGUUUGCAUUAUGACGUAACUUUACUACAACUACCAGAGAGCCUUGCGCAUUUUCAUUGUUAUUCAGAUUUUUAAUCCCCUUGGAGA